AUGAAGACCCAUUUCAGUUCCAUCUCCAAAUUCGCCUUAUCCCAAGUGGCAAAAUUAACCCUACGCAAAAAGGGACGCAUGUCCAAGUUCAGUAGAGUACAUACCGUCUUUGCCUUUGACCCAAUCUCAUCUCUGUUCUGGUGCCUAUCAAUUGCCUCUGCCACAGUCUCGUCGGAGAGCAUAAACCCUAACAUCUCCGACAGCAGGGUCCUCCAAGCCUCGAGGACGACCCAGGCUUGGCGCAGGAAUAGCCGCUUCGAUCUGGAGAAGUUCAAUUUCCAAGACUUCCUUUUCAAGAUCCCUGAAAGCGGGGGGCUCCUCCAAUUGACGGCGGCGGACGUGUCCCUGGCCGUCGUCGUCGUUCAACAGCCUAUCCCUGAAAGCGGGGGGCUCCUCCAAUUGACGGCGGCGGACGUGUCCCUGGCCGUCGUCGUUGUUCAACAGCCUACUUCCUUUUCAAGAUCCCUGAAAGCGGGGGCUCCUCCAGUUGGUGAAUCAGACAAUCCGCUGCAUCUGAUAGACGGCGGCGGACGUGUCCCUGGCCGUCGUCGUCGUUCAACAGCCUGUCCAAGGCAUCCUGGACGCUUUCAUUCGGCUCAAGAAUAG